AUGCAAACCCAACGACGACAUCCUCUAAAAGCGAUUUUGUACGUAUCCGGUGAUGGUCUAAGAGUGGUUGAUCAAGAGAACAAUCGAGGACUGAUCGUCGAUCAAACCAUCGAAAAAGUUUCAUUCUGUGCACCCGAUCGAAAUCACGACAAAGGUUUUGCGUAUAUUUGUCGAGAUGGUACUUCGAGACGUUGGAUGUGUCAUGGCUUCCAUGCUACCAAAGAAUCGGUACGCUCUUCAUUCGUUUCUUAUUUGUUCAUGCAACCAUUAUUCUGGCAUGUAUUACGGGUACAUUCCAUUUGA